UUCUGCAAAGAGGCGAUCGUCUGGAAACGACUGGAUCAUCCGAACGUCGUUCCCUUCCUCGGCGUUGCGCCAGGGUAUCAAGCAUGCAUCGUCUCCGAAUGGAUGGACCACGGCGAUGUCAUGUCGUAUCUCAAACAGCACCCGCGUGCCGAUCGCGUUGAACUGAUCACGGGCAUCGCAUCUGGCUUGGAGUACAUGCACGCGAGCGGUAUCGUGCACGGGGAUCUCAAAGGCCGCAACGUCUUGGUGGACAGAUCCGGGCAUGCGCGUCUUGGCGACUUUGGUCUUUCCACGACGGUCCUUGGUACCGCCUCUUUGGCAGCGACCGCCGGAUCGUCCGCAAACUGGGGCUCCUUCCGUUACAUGGCUCCCGAGUUGAACGACAGCACGACGAAUAACAAGAUCUUGACUUUGAAAUCCGACGUGUACGCGUUUGGAAUGACCACCUGGGAGAUCUUCGAUGGGAGACAACCAUUCCACGAUAUCACAAGCAUAUUCGUGGUCCUUCGUGAAGUUCUUGACGGCAGACGACCGUCGCGCCCC